ACGACUUCUCUCCCUAUCUACUCCUUGUCUGGUUACUUUACAGCCAUCCGCUAGGUUAGGAAGAUUUUCAACGUCCACAUCGUCUUCUCGGUCUCGGUACUUCAUAGAGAGCCACUAAUACCUUCUUUUUCAUUUGUGCCGCUUCCCAUUACCUCACACCGCGCAUACCGCCUUAUAUCUACAUAGCCACAACCAUGUCGUCACGGAAGAAGGUCCUUCUCAAGGUGAUCAUUCUUGGUGAUAGCGGUGUCGGUAAAACAAGCUUGAUGAACCAAUAUGUCAACAAGAAGUUCAGCGCCAGUUACAAAGCAACAAUCGGCGCAGAUUUUCUUACUAAGGAAGUGCUAGUAGAUGACCGACUGGUAACAAUGCAGAUCUGGGAUACCGCCGGUCAAGAGCGCUUUCAGUCCUUGGGUGUUGCGUUUUAUCGAGGAGCCGACUGCUGUGUUUUGGUGUACGACGUAAACAACUCUAAGAGUUUCGAGGCUCUGGACAGCUGGCGAGAUGAAUUCCUCAUCCAGGCAAGCCCGAGAGAUCCUGAGAACUUUCCCUUUGUUGUCAUUGGUAACAAGAUUGAUGUCGAAGAGAGCAAGCGGAUGAUUUCCUCGAAACGUGCCAUGACUUUUUGCCAAUCCAAGGGCAACAUCCCUUACUUCGAAACCAGUGCCAAGGAAGCUGUUAAUGUCGAACAGGCUUUUGAAGUCAUCGCUAGGAGUGCUUUGGCGCAAGAAGAAGCCGAAGAAUUCAGUGGUGAAUUCAGUGACCCUAUCAACAUCCACCUUGAUAGUGAGCGUGAUGGAUGUGCCUGUUGAUACCCCACUGAUGAACAUGACUUUCCAAUGAUUUACAAUCCAUGGUCAAGAUUUGCGGCAUUCUGUUUGAAUUCUGGGUUUUGUAGAGAUGCUGCUUGUUCCCUAUUUUGUUCUCGGGCUUGAAGGAAGAACUGACUUUCCUUACCUGUUGAGCCUAUAUAUCUUGGGAGUUUCUCAUGUAUGAAGUUUCUAUCGUCUGCUUUGUCUACUGGGUCGCAUGGGGAUAUCCUUUACCAGUCGUCUUGCUUUUCAUGUUUACAGGCGACAUAUAAUCGUGUUUCUAGGAGUCUGGAAUAUCACUGUUCGAAAUGGGGUUUGCCAGUAUAUGGACAUGAUGCAUAAGAUAG